AUGGGUUCUAAGGAUUAUUACGAGAUACUUAAGGUGAACUUUGAUGCCACGGAUGAAGAGUUGAAAAAGGCUUAUAAAAGUUUGGUCAUUAAAUGGCAUCCGGAUAAGAACCCUCAACACCCAAUUAGGAAAGAAGAGUUUGAGACCAAGUUCAAGCAGAUUAAAGAGGCCUAUGAAGUGCUUAGUGAUCCCAAGAAGCGAAAGGUCUAUGAUUUCUACCGUCACUAUCGCCUUAACUCUCAUAGCUCCAUCAAAGAAAAUGGUGAUGGGGAUGCUGGGAAUCUGAAGGAAGAUGAAGCAGGGGUGGUUGAGAGCAGAUUGCAGUGUACCCUUGAGGACCUUUACAAAGGUUGUAGAGUGAAGCUUAAAAUCUUAAGAAUGGUUCCUGAUGUAUUUGGAAGGUUAAAAUCCGUAGAAGAAAUCUUGCUGAUUAAUAUUGAACCUGGUUGGAGGAAUGGCACAGAAAUCAUUUUUUCUGGGAGAGGCAACCAAAAACCAGGAGCUGCUCCAGGUGAUCUAAUUUUUGUGUUGGAGGAGAAACCACAUGCUUUUUUCAAGAGGGAAGGGAAUGACUUGGUAGUGAUCCACAAGAUAUCACUUCUAGAUGCUCUCAUAGGAAAGACUCUCCACAUACCAACGUUGGAUGGAAGAGAUCUCACAAUCCAAGUGACUGAUAUUGUGAAACCAGGUUAUCAGCUGGUGAUCCCAAAUGAAGGUAUGCCAAUUCCAAAGGAACCUAGCAGGAAAGGAAACCUCAGAAUCAAGUUUGAUGUUAUAUUUCCAACAAGGCUGACUACGCAACAGAAGUAUGAUCUAAGAAGUAUUCUGAGUGAUGCUGAUAACUAA